UUGCUUCCGGUGCUUUCCAACCUCACUUUCAUCGUCAUUUUGUGCCUGGGUUUUAUUUCCGUUUGUCCAUUAUUUCACCGAUUUCUUCGUGAAUUCUCCAUUCUUGACGGAAGUAAGUAAGCGAAGAGAUGAUCAAGCCGCAAAAGCAGUCGCCGGAAACUUCGCACGAGCAGCGAAUGAGAAUUCUCAGAGCGUACGAGAAAAUGGCUCAGGAAAGAUUGCAGAAGUUGAAGAAGCGCAAUUCAGAGCUGAAGAAAAUUUACAAGCAAAGUUGCAAAUUAGCGGGCCAGCUCAAUUUGAUAAACUACGACGAUUUCGAUGACAAGCCGCCGGUGGACGUUCGCGCUUUUGAGGAAUUUGCAGACAAGAUAGAGGCAAAGCUCGCUGAAGUCAAGGACUUCGAGAAGAAGUUCAAAGAGGAGGUCGAGAGACUUGAGAAGAUAGUCCUUGAGUCAGACGAUGAAGAGGAAGAGCGCGAGGAACAAGCCCAGGAAGCUAUUGACGAAAUUUCAGAGGUGAUUUCUGUGGCUUCUUCCGAUCGCGAGGAAGCUCAGCAGACCGACACUUCCGCAAGCGGGAAGGAAACAGAGGACCUUUUCUAAGAUACAACUUCCGAGACUCCAUUCACUGAAUUAAUAUCAAAAUAUCAUGAAUUUCCCUUUUGUAAGAAUUGAAUUCAGAAUAAAAGCGUUCAUAAAACAA